GAAUUCGGUGCGGAUGGCCAGCUCUGGGAUGACCCGCCGGGACCCGCUCGCGAAUAAGGUGGCCCUGGUAACCGCCUCCACCGACGGGAUCGGCUUCGCCAUCGCCCGGCGUCUGGCCCAGGACGGGGCCCACGUGGUCGUCAGCAGCCGGAAGCAGCAGAAUGUGGACCAGGCGGUGGCCACGCUGCAGGGGGAAGGGCUGAGCGUGACGGGCACCGUGUGCCAUGUGGGGAAGGCGGAGGACCGGGAGCGGCUGGUGGCUACGGUGAGCUGCAGGGAAAUAGGCACAGAGCCAGGAGGUGGAAAAGGGAGCCAGCCUGAUCCUCCUUCCCUGCUUUCCUGGAUAGCAGCACAUUUCUACUGUGUGCCUUUCUGUUAUGUUCAUAAACUAACUUCAGAGAAUCAUCCCAUCUCAGUCAGAGAAUUUUAAAACAUUCUAAUGCUUCAACCCGGCAUCAUCCCUUGAGUACCCCGAAGAAACAGUGGGUACUGGUUCU